AUGUUCACACAGUUGUACUCCAUUCACGUCAAGCUAAUUGAAGGGAACGUAGUUCCGGUUCUCUACGCUUUGUUGCCCGACAAGAAAGCUUCGACCUAUGGUCGACUCGUGGAUGUUAUAGUGGACUCCUUAGACGGGUAUGACCCUCAGGCUAUCCAUGUCGACUUCGAGUUGGCGAUGAUUAAGACAUUGGAAGCGGCGUUCCCGUCGGCUGGCAUCGUCGGAUGCGGCUUUCAUUUCAACCAGUCCCUGUGGCGGCAUAUCCAAGCCGAUUCAGAUCUACGAGAGAAAUACAUGAGCUCAGACGACUUCGCGCUCGAAAUGCGUAUGUUCGCGGCUCUUGCGUACGUUCCAGAGGAAGCUGUACGAGAGAGAUUCGAGAUUGUGCUGGAAUCGGACUUCGUGAAACGAAACGCUGAGGUCUUGGCGAAGUUCCUGGACUAUCUCGAGGCGACGUGGAUCGGCCGGCACCGUCAUCCUCCGAAAAUGAAACUCGAUUGGUGGAAUUUGUACACCGUAACGAUUUGCUCCAUGAGUCGCACCACCAAUAGCGUUGAAGGAUGGCAUUCUGCCUUCUCCAGGAGAUUGGGCGCUCAGCACCCAACCUUUUCUAAACUCGUGAAGCACUUGAAGGCUGAACAAGCGAAAACAGAGUUCACGAUCGCGAACUCCCAGGCUAAUGGGCGCGCCAAGCAAGCGAAGAAAGUGUAUCGGGACCGCUCCAAGCGAUUGAGAGAGAUCGUGGAAUCGUACCCCCACCGAGAUCCUCUGGGCUAUUUAAAGAGUAUAGCGCACAAUAUAAGGUUCUGA